AUGACAUUCACGGAGCCAGAUGUUAUUGUUGGUGCUCCUCAGGAGGGCGUAGGGCGACUAUCGCCCCAGAAAUCGGCCUUGAAAGAAGUGAUCACCGCCGUCGAUGACGAUGAUUAUAAGAUCCCGACCAAUGCCCUUAAAGCAGAGCUCCCCCUCGCCGGAAAAGCUCUCGACAGGAACGCUAAGUUGACCCGCGAGGUGAAGGUGGCGGCGAGCAUGAAAAAGAUUCUGGAAGACAUAGGAGAAGACCCAAACCGGGAGGGCCUCCUCAAAACUCCCGAACGGUACGCUAGAGCUAUGCUCUUCUUUACAAAGGGCUACGAGGAGAGUGCCCUGGAUAUCGGGAAGAAUGCGAUCUUCGAGGUAGACCAUAACGAGAUCGUUCUUGUUCGCGAUAUUGAAGUCUUCAGCAUGUGCGAGCACCAUCUUAUUCCAUUUAUGGGCAAGGUCCAUAUUGGGUAUAUCCCCAAUGGUCGAGUGCUGGGCUUGUCUAAGCUUGCUCGCAUUGCGGAGGUCUAUGCACGCAGGCUGCAGAUCCAAGAGCGUCUAACACAGCAAAUUGCUCAAGCUAUUGAUGAAAUUUUGCAGCCGCAAGGGGUGGCUGUUGUCAUGGAAUCUGCCCAUAUGUGCAUGGUUAUGAGAGGCAUCCAGAAGACCACCUCUAUGACUACAACAGGUUGUCGGACGGGCAUCUUUAAGACGGAUAAGGAAGCUGAGGAGCAGUUCAAAUUCCUGUUGAACCUGAGGCAAUGA